AUGGCUGCCAUUACCAAUGGAGCGGCCAAUGGUCUGCCCAAUGGCGAUCGACCAGCCGGGCCUGCCAGCACUCGAUUUUCAGAUAUCCCUUCCGCCAUCGAUAUUCCAGUUCAAGGAGACCAGGAGGAUGAAGCUGUCGAAAUUGAUCUCGAAGAUCUCUUGGACGACCCUACCGAACUCUGCACUCUAUUUGAAAACGAAAGAGCCGCCAAAACCUACUGGAUGACGGUUGCGCUUGCGUAUGCGAAGCAGAAAAAGAUUGACCAUGCUAUUGAAAUGCUCAUACGUGGCAGCGGCGCCAUCCAGAGCAGCAACCCACGCGAUAAGGUCAGCAUGAUUUGCUGCUUGUGCUGGAUGUAUCUAUGGAAGAGCCGCGAGGCCCCGCGUGUUGCGCCCGACGGUGUGCGAGUUUCCGAGGCCAAGACGAAAGAAUAUUACCUCCAGUUGGCCACUGCAUCGUUGAACGACGCUGCCCGGCUGAACCCCUCGUUCCCGCCAAUUUUUCUCGCCCGUGGUGUUUUGCUGCUCUUGCGGGCGUCCCUACAGGCCCCUGCAAAGACAGCUGGAGGAAUCGGCUCUGAAAAGAACGAAUUGCUAAAGACAGCAGUAAAAUCCUUUGAUGACGCGCUUCGAGUAUCCCAGGGCAAAAAUAUGCUUGCUCUUAUGGGCAAGGCAAGAGCCUACUUCUCUUUGCACAAAUAUCCUGAUGCCUUGGCAACCUACCAGGAUGUUCUUCACAAGAUGCCUGAUUUGGUAGACCCUGAUCCACGAAUCGGCAUUGGAUGUUGCUUCUGGCAACUCGGCUUUAAGGAGGACGCCAAGGUGGCAUGGGAGCGAAGCUUGGAAAUCAACCCCGAAUCCAAGAUUGCCAAUAUCCUGCUCGGUCUCUUCUAUCUCGACGCCAGCGGCCAUGUGCCUGUCAACAGUGAUGAUUUCUUAAAAUUAUACAGAAAAGCCAUGACAGAGUAUACACAGAAAUCAUUCAAGCUGGACAAAGACGUCCCCAUCACUUGCUCUACUUUCGCUGGAUACUUUCUGUCAAGAAAAGCCUGGGAAAAUGCAGAUAAACUAGCCCACAAAGCUAUUCAAUAUACAGAUGUCAACGCCAUUGCCAGCGAUGGUUGGUAUCUGCUCGCGAGAAAAGCCCAUUACAACGAAGAUGCCGAAAAAGCCAGCGAUUAUUACCGUCGUGCCGACGAUGCACGCGGAGGUGCGGACAUAGGAUACCUGCCGGCCAAGUUUGGUGUGGCUCAAUUAUCUGUUCUGAAGAAUGAUCUCGGUGAAGCCAAGCUUCUUCUUGAGAAGAUGAUUCAGCAAUCCAAGAACCAUGAAGCCAUGAUCUUGCUGGGAACACUCUAUGCUGAAGAAAUCUUUGCAGGUCAAAAGAGCGAUAGCAAAGAAGACAAGUCUGCUGAGAUGAAGAAGGCCAUCACACUCCUAGAGGGCGUCCGGAAUGCCUGGAAAGAUCCCAAACGGACGGUUGCUCCAGAUGCCUCCGUCUUGCUGAACCUGGCGCGUUUAUAUGAGCUGGACCAACCCGAAAAGGCCUUCCACUGUCUCCAGCAGGUCGAACAGCUUGAAUUUGACCAAAUACCAAAGUCAGAGCGACGCACAGAUAUAGAAGAUGAGGCGGCCGCACAGAUAGAGAGAAGAAAGCUUCUCCCCCCUCAGCUUCUGAACAACAUUGGUUGCUUCCAUUACCAAGCCGAGAAGCACGAGCUGGCCAGCGAGAUGUUUGAGGCUGCCCUGAGCGCAUGUAUGAGAAUCGGCGUCAAGGAACCCAGCAUGGACACAGACGCACUAGUCUCCAGCAUUAGUUUCAACCUCGGCCGAAGCUACGAGUCAAGAGGUUUGGCGGACAAGGCGAUGGAGGUUUAUGAAGGCCUGCUCGCUCGCCAUGACGAUUACACGGAUGCUCGCACCAGAUUGGCGUACAUUAAACUGCGAAAGAACCCUAACAAGGACGGCCCAGAUGCUGUCGCCAAGCUGUAUCAGGAAAACACAAGUGACUUGGAAGUUCGAGCUCUGUACGGUUGGUAUCUUGGCAAGGUACACUCUAGAAAGCGGCCAGCCAACAUUGUGGAGGACCCGGAAUUCCGUCAUUACAAGCACACCUUGCAAAACUAUGACAAGCAUGAUCGUUAUGCUCUCAUCGGCAUGGGCAACCUUUAUUUGCUGCAAGCCAGAGAGAUGCGACGCGAGACGGAGGCAGACAAGCAGAAGCGAAGCGUCAUCUAUGGCAAGGCCGUGGAGUUCUUCGAAAAGGCUCUUUCACUUGAUCCCAAAAACGCCUAUGCUGCUCAGGGUGUCGCUAUCGCGUUGGUGGAAGAUAAGAAGGACUACAAGAGCGCCCUCACGAUCCUCAAUAAGGUUCGGGAAACAGUGAGAGAGCCUCAUGUGUAUGUCAAUCUGGGUCACGUCUACGCGGAACUAAGACAGUACUCCAAAGCAAUUGAGCACUACGAAAUCGCUCUUACCAAGGAGGGAAAAGCCAAUGACCCAGUCAUUUUGUCAUGUCUGGGUCGCACAUGGUUGAACAGAGGUCGCUCAGAGAGGGACAUUGACGCCUACACCAAGGCCCUCGAGUGCGCGCAACAGGCUCUCGAAGUUGCACCGGAUCAAGUGCACUACAAGUUCAACGUGGCCUUUGUGCAAAUCCAGCUCGUCACCACGAUCCAGAACCUGCCCGAGAAUAGAAGAACCGCUGAGCAACUUGAGACAGCCGCGGCUGGCCUCGAAGCCGCCAUUGAAUCACUAGACACCAUUGCCACGCUCCCUCAAACUCCUUACCCCAAGCACGACAUUGAACAACGUGCCAACAUGGCACGCAACACGCUCCGCAAACAGCUCGAGCGAGCCAUCGCGAAACAAAAGGAAUGGGAGGAGAAGAACAAGGAAAAGAUCCAGGCAGCCAAGGAGCAACGUGAGGCCGAACUCAAGCGCCGCGAGGAGAAGCGCCAAGAAAUCCUCGAAAAGGAGCGGGAGCGCCAAGAAAAGAUUCGCAAGGAGCGAGAGGCUAUCGCUAUCCGGGACCGAGCCCUCGCCGAACAACGCGCGGAAGAGGAACGCCAGAGGCUGGAGGCGGAAAUGACCACCGACGCCGAGACGGGUGAAAAGGUGAAGCGGAAGAGCAGGUCGGCAGCGCGCGCUGGCGAAGGGAGAACCAAGAAGGCAGCUAAGAAGAAGACGGUGGACCGUGACGAGGACGAUUCAGAGGACGAGUCGCGUACCAAGAAACGGAGGCGUCUCACGAAGAAGGAGUCGUCCAAAUUCAAGUCGGCGGAGAUUGUUGUCGACAGCGAUGACGAGCCGGGAGGUGAGGACGAUGCUUUGGAACAGGCAGAGAGGGAAAUGGAGCGUGACGCAACGCCCGCGUCGGAAGGCGAUGAUGACAUGACAGCCGAUAGGAUGGAUGUGGAUGAGGAUGAUGCCCCUGCUCGUAGCGGCGGCGAGGAUGAAGAUGACGACACCGCUGCCCAUCAGGCCAAGCGUUCGAGAAGAGGGAGGGUUGUAGAGGAGAGCGACGAGGAGGAAUAG